CAUCGUUACUUAUUUCGGCUCUCGUUUUCUUCAAGAGAUUGCCAUCCUCGAGUCGGCUGUGUUUUUCCUGACAGUCAGGGCGUACUGUUACUUAUUGCCACUACUACGUGAGCUGCCUACGUUUCUACGUCCUACGUGCACAUAGCUACCCAAAGCAGACAAGUGAGGAGGAGGAACUUCAACUGUUUUCGAGAGUGGAACGAUGAGUACGAAUGCAAUGGUGGCUGGUUCUAGUGGCUCGGCGAGUCCUUCGCCAGGAGGGACUGGGAGGAGGAGCGGGUCGGCUGAUAGAGAUAGGAAGCGAGGGAGUUAUGGAGAAGGGAGACGUGGACGGUCGCAUUCGAGGAAUACCUCGUUGGGCGUGGAGGGAAAUGGAAACGCGGUACCUGGUGUUAGUGCCGUUGUACCCCCACCGAAGGAGAGGUUACCGCCUAGUCCGCCGCUUACCCCCGUUGCGUCCAAGUCGAGUCUUCGGAAAACUGCUGCUGCUGGUGUUGGAGGAGGAGCAGGAAGAGGGGGAGGGGAAGAAGGGAUAACGAAAGGCAAUGUCGAGUCAGACGCCACGCACGCGAUCCCGUCUACAUCUACACCUACACCUACGCCAAGGUCGGGAAAGUUUAAAGAAGCACCGCCAGCUGUCGGACGCACGGGGGAUACAAACGCCACAUCUGCGGAUGGAAGUGGACUAAGGGAUGACGAAAAACAUCAUAUUAUUGAUGGUGGUGGUGAGGAUUUUAGUAUUGCCAACGGGAAUGGUCAUGCAAGAAUGCAAGUGGCGGACGUGGAUGUUGAUGUGGACACGGAGCCUGACGGGACGCUGUCAACGUGGUCGUUUCGUCCAGACGGGGAUACUACUACUAAUAGGAGGAGUAGGGAAGUACGGGACGAAGCGACGACAAAUGGCGACAUUGGCGGACAUGAACAUGAACACGGACAUGGACACCGGCAUGGGCGCGAUCCUGAACAACAUACUUUAGCUCAACCCUCCGGUGUAGAUGCUGCAAUCCCGCAGUCGCCCGCACGCGAUCACAAUAUCCCGCCGCAAGAGCCAUCUACUGACGCGUCUCAGGAGGACAUAGAUCCAUUGAGUGGGAGUGACGAGAGUCGACCGCAAUCUCAGCAGCCCGAUUUAUUUCCUACUGCCGCCGCUACUGGUGCGGCACCGUCAUCUGGCAUGUCAUCUAGUCAUGAGGCGUCGUUGAACGGGCCAUUACCACCACAUUUACACCCUCUAGGACUAGGGAACGCGCCCAGUCCCCAACCAUGGGAAGUCAUCGAGCCGCCACCGGAUAAUAAUCUUCAAAUGGAGGAAAUAAUGCGCCGAACGCGGAAGGAGAGUAAUAGAAGUGUGCCUGGCUAUGUCGGGAAUGUUGUCGUGAAAGAUGGUAAGAAAUAUCGUAUACCCCGGUCUUCAUAUUACUUUGGUCCACCGCCGGAUACUUCCGCGUUUGGGACGGACCCGAUAGGACAUAUCGGUGUACAUCAUCCGCGAGAGGUCGUGCGUGUUGAACGCGAUUACUCGGGUGGAGAGCUCAUACAAUUCAGUCCUGCAUAUCCAUUGGAAUUCGAGGGUCGGAUAACGCCGACACAGUUCCUAGAGACGAUAAACAUGAUCAACGAAAUGCUCAUUGAAGCGCACAGCCUCCGAUGGUCCUUCCUCGACAAUACACUCGCAGUAUUGACGCUAUACAUUUCGCGGUUCUUUGUUUCGUCGCAUUAUGACCGGAAAAUGGGAAGGUUAAAGGAGAUGAUCGAGGAACAGAAUAAGCGGGUUUAUAACCCAGUGGGGUUGAACAUCCUUUGGCCGAAGGAUGUUGCGUUUAUGUUUCUCGAGAUUGAAUAUUAUUAAUUGAUACCUAGCUUGUCUGCGUAUCGUCACAUUCCUUUCCUUUGCCUUUGAGAGUUUUUUUUUCUCCUCUUUAUGAAAUGGAUUUAUUUCUCUUUAUUAUCUUUUCUGGUUUUUAUCUGAUUGUUUGCGGAGCCUUGUGCUCCUUUUCCUUUAUCCGACUUGUAGAACGUUCGUCGCACGACGGGAAUUCAUUUUCUGGCCUGUGCAACUUCUUUGUCUCCUCUAUUUUUUAUUAUUUUAUUUUCGAUUUCGAAAUGCGACCUCCUUGCGACUGGUUUCGCUUUCCACAUUUCUCCAGUGUUAUUAAUAAGACACUGUUGGAUGUCAGUCAAUUUUUAAGAUUGUAUGUACUAUGCAUAAGUUAUGUAGCGAUACUUUAUCUUCUCGUUUUCCUGUGUUCUUCUCCGACUCGCUGCCGUCCUCACACUCUUUUCUUUCUCUUUUCCCUCUUUCUCUUUAUUUUUCCUAUCGUGAGAGCAGUGCAAGGAACGCAAGAGGUGCAUCCAGUACGUGGGAAAUCCGAUCUACUUUUUCUUCGAUUAUAGUUUCGUUGGAACUCCAUGUUUCGGUUUCUCUUUGUUUCACUGUUUCUUGGUUUACUAUCUUU